UUAAAAAUAAUAUUUUUCUUGCCUAGUUUCAGAAACAGGUUCUUUUUAAAGUUAGGCCAAAUCAUACUAUCUAAUCAUGGCAGACGAUAUAGAUGAUUUACUUGAUGAGGUAGAAGAUAAAUUUGUGAAAGGAAAGAAAAGACUUGAAAAGAAGACAGUCCAACCUAAAUCCACAAGACGGAGACCAGAGGAUGAUGAAAUGGACAAAAUUAUAGAAGAUAUAUGUGGGCAGAAUGAACCUGCUAUAGAGUGCAAUAGUGUUAAAAAAAUUCCUAGCAAAACCUCACAGAGAAGACCAGUAAUUUCAAAGUGUUUUCCGUUGAGUAUUGGGGGAUCAUCAGUCACAAAAGGACACGGAAACAGUGUAAAUAAAAGAUCAUGUGAUACAAUAAGAUGCACAUCGUGUGACUUUAAAGUUGCCUCCUUCGAUGAUUUUGACUGGGACAGUUCUACUGAUUAUUUAUUUUUACGAAACAAUGCACCAGACUUUGAAAGAUUAAAAUCCAAAUUGUCUCGGAGAAAAGGUUACAGAGCGUACUGCUGCCAGUGUAGUCAUAUUGCUGUAAAUACACUUACCGAUGUAAAACAGUUACCUGUGAAGUGGGUCUGUGGACAACAUUGAUGUCACUUUAUAUAUAGACAAUAGUCCUGUGUUGUUAGCUGGACUAUUCGAAGAAUAAGUAGAGCUAUCCUACUCACCACGGUGUAGGCAUCGGCAUCACACCUUGGUUAAGUUUUUCGUACCAGUCCACAUUUUGACAAAACCUUUCGAAAUAAAGCGUUGAAACUUUCAACUCGGAGUCAUCCAUAUGGCCUUGCAUGUUGGUCUGGACAGCACUGAUGUUGUUCCUUACCAGUGUCAUGAUGCCUCCUUUUUUGUCUGCCAAUUCUUUCACAGCGAAAACACUGGUAUCGUCUGACUUUGAAGGAUUUCUCUGGUUGUACAUGUGUUUCCUGAAUGCAACAGACAUUGAUGUCUUUUUCUUGGAGGAUAUGCUCAAGUUCAGCCUUCCUGUUGAAGACACCUUCCUCAUACAUGUUGUGGAAUGAAGGAGGGACCCCCAGUAGCUGUGGGUGGACCCUGUCGAGUCUCUGAGCCCGGCACUAUAUCUACCUGGGGGGACCUCAGAGAUUCAACACCACAUUGCUGUAUACCGGAUGGCUGUGUAGUCAACACUUGUGUACCAACACCAUGACCAGCUUUAGGCAAGAGGACAAAACUCCAUCAAGGAUUUUGUCUGAAUUAUGGCCCCUUUUCACUUACAAAUUUUAGUUAAGUUUUUCAUACCAGUUCAUAUUUUGUGUAAACUGUUUGAUAUGGAUUUAAAACUUUUUAUCACUUGUUUAUUAUAACAGUCUUUAUCUAUAGGCAAGAGUACAUAACUCUGUCAACUAUUUUGGCUGAAUUAUGGCCCUUUUUGGACUUGGAAAUUGGUUUAGUUUUCGUACAAGUCCACGUUUUGUCAAAAUUAUUUGACAUGUGGCUUUGAAACUUUGAACACUUGUUUAUCAUCAUGAUCUCCAUCCUGUAGGCAAGAGUACAUAACUCUUUUGAGUAUUUUUGCUGAAUUAUGGCCCUUUUUAGACCUGGAAAUCAGUUCAGUUUUCAUACAAGUCCACGUUCUGUCAAAACUAUUUGACAUGUGGUUUUGAAACUUUGAAUACUUGCUUAUCAUCAUGAUCUCCAUCUAUAGGCAAGAGUACACAACUCUGUCGACUAUUUUGGCUGAAUUAUGGCCCUUUUUGAACUUGGAAAUUGGUUCAGUUUUUGUACAAGUCAGGUUUUGUCAGAAAUAUUUGGCAUGUGGCUUUGAAACUUUGAACACUUGCUUAUCAUCAUGAUCUCCAUCUGUAGGCAAGAGUAUAUAACUCUGUCAACUCUUUUGGUUGAAUUAUGGCCCUUUUUGGACUUGGAAAUCAGUUAAAUUUUUGUACCGGUCCAUAUUUUGUCUAACCUGUUUGUCAUAUGGCUUUGAAACUUUGACCACUUGUUUACCAUCAUAGUCUACAUAUGUAGGCAAGACUACAUAACUAGGACAAGGAUUUGGCUCAGUUAUGGCCCGCUUUUGAAAAAGAAAUAGAAAGUUUCGUAUACCAUUCCAUAUUUUGUCCAAGCUGUUUGAUAUAUGGCUUUGAAUCUUUGAACACCUUCUUACUGUCAUGGUCACACAUUGCCAUAUAGUGCAAGACUUAGUCAGUUCCACAGAUACAGGUACAUUGUUUGUCUCAUCUAUUUUCUUCCUUUGUCUGAAAAUCUCAGGUCAUAUUUUGACCACAACCAUACAUUAAUUCUUCGAAUAUUCGAGCUUGCUGUCAACAGACAGCUCUUGUUUUAACAAAGAUGUCAUUAUGCCCCCCUUCGAAGAAGUUGAGGUAUAUUGUUUUGCAGAUGUUGGUCAGUCCGUAGACCAGCUGGUUUCUGGAUGAUAACUUAAGAACCUAGGAUCAUGAAAGUUGAAAGGGGGGUUGGUCAUGACCAGCAUAUGACCCCUAUAGAUUUUGCAGUCAGUUGCUAAAAUGUCAAGGUCACAGUGACCCGGAACAGCUAACCGGUUUCCGGAUGGUAACUCAAGAAUGCUUGGGCAGUUGAUAGGGAGGUUGAACAUGACCAGUAGAUGACCCUUGUUGAUUUUGAGAUCAGUAGGUCAAAGGUCAUGGUCACAGUGACCCUGAACAGUAAAACGGUUUCCGGAUGAUAACUUAAAAACGCUUGGGGCCUAGGAUCAUGAAAGUUGAUAAGGAGGUUGGCCAUGACCAGCAGAUGACCCCUGUUGAUUUUGAGGUCUGAAGGUCAAGGACACAGUGACCCAGAACAAUUAAACAGUUUCCGGACAAUAACUUGAGAAUGCUUGGGCCUAGGAUCACGAAACUUAAUAGGGAUGUUGAUCAUGACCAGCAGAUGACCCCUAUUGAUUUUGAGGUCAAAAGGUCAAAGGUCAAGGUCAGUGACCUGGAACAGUUAAAUGGUUUCUGGAUGAUAACUCAGGAACACUUGGGCCUAGAAUCAUGGAAGUUGAUAGGGAGGUUUGUCAUGACCAGCAAGUCACCCCUGUAGAGUUUGAGGUCAGUAGGUCAAAGGUCAGGAUCACAUUGACCCAGAAUAGUAGAACUUUUUUGCCAGAUAGCUAGAGAAUGCUUUAGUCUAAGAUCACAUUUGAUAGAGUUUACUUAUGAUUGGUAAAUGACCCAUAAUUAUUGAUUUGAGGUCAGUACAUUAAACAUCCAGUACACAGUGACCAAAUAAUUUCUGUUCCUUGUGCAAUUACUGAAUGCAUCAAAGGGGGCAUCUUGUGUUCUACGAGCUCUUGUUCAACAUGAAAUCAGUGCACCUGUUUUCUCUUUAUUCACUUUUGAACUGACAAUGACAAGGAAGGUUUUCUUUGGUGAUAUUUUAUGCUUGUAUAGAAGAUGUCACCUGUAAUAUCCGUCCAUCCAUGGAUUAUGUAUGAAAAAUAAUUCCAAAGCUAUGUUUGGAUUUUUAUGAGAACUGAGUUUUGUACAUUAUUUAUUCUAUCACUCUUUACUAAGUACUUUAUUUUUAUCUCUCUAAUAUUUACAAGACUGCCUGUAGAUAUAAUUUUUUUCUGUUUGACUUCAGUUUGAAUUUUAACGGACUGGAUUAAUAUGCAUCUUUUAGCAAAUUUAAGGCAGUUUUUAUAUCUUGUGGGAUGGAAGAUGGUUAUUUAUGUCUUUAGUUUAUUAGAAUUGUAAAAUCUAGUAGUCCUGUAAAAUCUUGAGAGGGAUUUAGGUCCUUUUUGGAAUUUUUUAUGAGCUUGAAUGUAGCAAACUGAUAUAUGAGUGGAAAAUAAUAGCAUUGCCACAACUGUGAAAUUCUGGAAAAUAAGUCCGACACAAAUAUUACCGUAAUAUAAAAAAAAAAAUAUCACCAUUAUCCCACUUAACAGUUGAAUUGUAAAAGAACAGUUACUGAGAUUUUUUUCUCAAGGAUAUAGAAAAAUGUAAACCAACACGACAGUUUUAAGAAAAAAAAAAAACAAUAAAAAAGAGAAUUGUUUUUAGCAGGUAUAACAUUUCAUGAACUUACCUACAUGUUGUUUGGCUCGAGUGUCAUAUUUAUGCCCCCCUUCGAAGAAGGUGGGGUAUAUUGUUUUGCAGAUGUUGGUCAGUCGGUAUGUCUGUCCUUAGACCAGUCUGUUUCCGGAUGAUAACUCAAGAACACUUGGGUCCAGGAUCAUGAAUGUUGAUAGGGAGGUUGGUCAUAACCAGCAGAUGACCCCUAUUCAUUUUGAGGUCAGUAGAACAAAGGUCAAGGUUACAGUGACCUGGAACAGUUAAACCGUUACCGGACAAUAACUUGAGAAUGCUUGGGCCUAGGAUCAUGAAAUUUGAUAGGGAGGUUGGUCAUGACCAGCAGAUGGCCCCUAUUGAUUUUGAGUCAGUAGAUUAAAGGUUAAGGUCACAGUGAUCAGGAACAGUUAAACUGUUUCCGGACAAUAACUUGAGAAUGCUUGGGCCUAGGAUCAUGAAAGUUGAUAGGGAGGUUGCUCAUGACCAGCAGAUGACCCCUAUUGAUUUUGAGGUCAGAGGUCAAGGUCACUGACCUGGAAUAGUUAAACAGUUUCUGAGUGAUAACUUGAGAAUGAUUGGACCUAAGAUCACGAAACUUAAUAGGGAGGUUGAUCAUGACCAGCAGAGGUCAGUAGGUCAAGGUCACAUUGACCCAGAACAGUAUAACUUUUUUUGCCAAAUAACUAGAGAAUGCAUUGGUCUAAGAUCACAUUUGAUACAGAGUUUACUAAUGACUGGUAAAUGACCCAUAAUAAUUGAUUUGAAGUCAGUAUGCCAAACGUCUAGUGCACAGUGACCAAAUAAUUUCUGUUCCUUGUGCAGUUACUGAAUGCAUCAAGGGAGGCAUUUCAUGUUCUAUGAGCUCUUGUUACAUUAGUUGUUUUUUUUUCAAACCAGAGAAAGUUACCUUGACACAGGUAACAGUACUGUCUUGCCACACCUAGAAAGGCUGAAGAUGUUUGCAUGAAUAAUGAAGUUUCUGUUUCAUCCAUACAUAAUUUUCAGUAAUUCUAUGUUUAGUCAUUGUACGUCAACCAUGUCGCAUAAGUAGUUUUCAGCAUGAAGAGAAAUGCACCAUUCACCCUGUUCAACAUAUUCUUCUUUGUGACAGCAUCUGUUUCAUUGUUUUUCACAUUUCAACAUUAAAACUGUGAUCAGAGAUUGGCCCCAAAGCUUAACCUUUUUAUUCACAACAACCCUCAUAUGAACAUUGUUAGAAACAACCAAUAGCAAGACUACAUUGUUUUGAGAGUGGUCUCAAACCAGGAUACAAGGUUAUAGAAUCUCAAAGCUCAUCUGAUUGGCCGAUUGUCUGAAACUUAACUGUAUUUUAGCAACCUUAGUUUUAACUCCUAGAACAAGGUUUCAAAUAUCCCAGUAGUAUAACAUAACAUUCUUAUCAUAUUUUGAAAGGAACAGUCACUGUUUGUAAGCAAAGUGGCCUUUCCUUAGUAAAAAAUGUACCAUCUGACAGGCUCAGACCAUCAUAAAAUAGAGGGUUAUGAUUCACUAGUCCUUGACAAUAAAUGAGCCAUGCCAUGAGAAAACCAACAUAGUGGGUAUGCGACCAGCAUGGAUCCAGACCAGCCUGCGCAUCCGCGCAGUCUGGUCAGGAUCCAUGCUGUUAGCUUUUAAAACCUAUUGGAAUUGGAGAAACUAUUAGCGAACAGCAUGGAUCCUGACCAGACUGCGCCGAUGCGCAGGCUGGUCUGGAUCCAUGCUGGUCGCAUACCCACUAUGUUGGUUUUCCCAUGGCGCGGCUCAAAUAUGAUCUGCAGGGAGUUUUUUUGUAUCUGAUAUUCUAGCAGAAAACUGCUGUUCUUGUCACUUUUUGGGGGUGUUUUAACAGAAGAGAAAACAUGUGUUUACAGAUGGAUUCUCGCACUUAUAUGCUGUUAAAAUACUUUUUUAUACUUGAGCAUUCCGUGGCAAAGCGUAAACGUAUAACGGCCUCAAAACAAAUAAUUCAAAAGAAAAUGAUGUCAGCAUAAAAAAACAACAGGUCAGACAUUCUGGUGCAUUUCAUGGAAAUUUAAUGAUGUUGAGGGACAAUGUAUUCAUUUAUUAGUUUUUAUGCAUUUUGUGUUAGAAUAGCAUUAGCACAUGUUCAUUUCAUGCAGGCUCCCUGGGAGAUAUGUUCUUUGGAUGACCCUACAAAAAACUUGUUAAAAUGGUGUUGAUUUAAUGCCUGCCAGGGGGGGCAGGCCUUCUUUUCCAUGUAUGACUAUACAAAAUUUCCUCUGAAUCUUAAGGUCAAAUUACAAGUAAUUUGGUAAAAAUGUUUCUUCUUUUACUCUGUAUGAAAAUUGUUAAUUGUUUGAACUUGGAAACACUGGUGAGAGAUCUGGGGUCAUUAUGACCUGCUUGUAUUUAUCGUCUGUUUUUGAUAAAUGUGUAAGUUUUUAAUACAGUAAGUUCUAAUUAUCACACUGACAAAUAUCCCAUUUCAAACACUUCCAUACAAGUUAUAUUUCAAAUGUUUUUACUCUUUUUGUUUUCAUCUACACUGCACAGCUUAUUGUUUUUCCCAUAUUUAAAAGAUAAAUUCACAACAACCCUCAUGUGAAACUGGUGCUGGGUUUAUUAUGAAAAAUCAGCUCUAAUUAUUCUUAUUAAAACAAUACCAUAAUAAUUCCAGGAGUCUGGCUAUUUACUGGUAUCAUUAAAUUCCUAACUGCAUUAUCAGUUAAAAAAGUUUGUGUUAAGCUGACAAUUUAGUAUGCUGAAGGUGAUUUCUGUAACAAUGCUACCAAGUGUCAGAAUUUAAAAUUAGAAUAUCAAUAUUAAAGAGAAACUAAAGAAACCUUAGUAGAUAUAUAUAAACCAUGUGAUAUUUCAAGCUUAUGUGAUCUGUGAAAACUUUGUUGUUAAGAAAUACAUCUUACUGUUUGGAUGUUAGUUGUAGUUAGACUUAAAACAUUCCACUAUGUUGAUUGAGAUUGAAGCCUAUAAAUAUAUUGUCACUUUUCUUGAUGUAAUUCAAGUUAUAAGUAUGUAUAAUAAAUGCCAAAAAUGUAGUACAUGCUUAAAUGCAUUAAAUUCUUUUAAAAAACAUA